ACCUUAUAAAAAACUGGAGAAUUAUUUUUUGGAAAAUCACUAGCCCUGGUCGAUAUGUUAAUGUAUCGAUGGAACUGCCAGGGCAACAGCUAACCUGUGAAGUGCAACCCUGGCAGCUACUUUACAAAUUUUCUGUGGCCCAAGGACGCGUCGUGCUGUGCUAUUCCCGAAACAAGCUAUUCUGCACAGAACAUAAGGCUGCCAAUCCUAAUCAGAGCGAAAGCCAACAAACAGCGAAAUGGGAGUCCCGAAGUUCUUCAGAUAUAUCAGCGAGCGGUACCCCUGCCUCAGUGAGCUGGCGCGGGAGCACAGCAUCCCCGAGUUCGAUAAUCUUUACCUAGACAUGAACGGAAUCGUGCACAAUUGCUCACAUCCAGAUGACAAUAACAUCCACUUCCACUUGGAGGAGGCACAAAUUUUUCAGGACAUUUUCAACUAUGUGGACAAGUUGUUCUACCUGAUUAAGCCGCAGCGUCUCUUCUUUCUGGCUGUCGACGGGGUGGCACCGCGUGCCAAGAUGAAUCAGCAGCGUAGUCGUCGAUUUCGAUCGUCGCGCGAGGCGGAGCAAAUGGAGUCGAAGGCAUUGCAGAGGGGCGAACGCCGUGAACACGAACGCUUUGAUAGCAAUUGCAUCACGCCGGGCACGGAGUUCAUGCAGCGCUUGCAGGUAAGGUUGCGCGCCUUCCUGCAAACAAAGAUCUCGACGGAUCCGCUAUGGCAGCGCUGCACCGUGAUCCUCAGCGGCCAGGAAACACCUGGCGAAGGUGAACACAAGAUCAUGGACUAUAUUCGGUUCAUGAAAGCUCAGCCCGGCUUUGAUCCCAAUACGCGUCACUGCCUGUAUGGGCUGGAUGCUGAUUUAAUCAUACUAGGGCUCUGCACCCAUGAACUGCAUUUUGUUGUGCUCCGGGAGGAGGUUAAGUUCGGUCGGAAUGUGAAGCGCACGUCCGUUGAAGAAACGCGGUUCUUUUUGCUUCAUCUCGGACUGCUGCGGGAAUAUCUCGAACUGGAGUUUGACGAUCUCAAUACAGAUACGCACAAGCUGGAUGUGGCACAGCUUAUCGAUGAUUGGGUGCUGAUGGGCUUCAUGGUCGGAAACGAUUUUAUCCCCCAUCUGCCCUGCUUGCACAUUUCCUCCAACGCACUGCCCCUUCUAUACAGCACCUAUAUUAAAAUCUAUCCGAAGCUGGGUGGCAACAUCAACGAGAAUGGAAAGCUUAACUUGCACCGCUUGCAAGUCUUUUUGACAGCUCUCAGCGAGGUCGAGUUGGAUCAGUUUAGGGAGCACGCCGACGAUCUUAAGUACAUGAAUGCCAAGACGGAGGCUUUCGACGUCGACGUGUCGGAAAUAACAGGCACCGAGAGUUACGACUCCGACCUGGCAGCUCUGAUUGACAAUAGCAUGAAGCUCUACGAGGGUGACAGUGAUGAGGACUUGAAUGACGAGGAAGCUAGCCUGAUGUACGAGUUCAAGAACUACAAGCGAAACUACUACUGCACCAAGUUCAACAGCAAUUCACCAGAACAACUAAUCGAAGAGCUCAGCUUCCACUACGUUACUGCGCUGCAGUGGAUCCUGGACUACUACUACCGCGGCGUACAGUCCUGGGAUUGGUACUAUCCCUUCCAUUAUGCGCCAUUCAUCAGCGACAUUCGUAAUGUCGAUAAGGUCAAAGUCAACUUUCAACUGGGCGAGCCCUUCUUCCCGUUUCAGCAGCUUCUCGCGGUACUUCCGUCUGCGAGCUAUAAAUUAAUGCCUACAGCCUACCACGACCUGAUGCUAAAUCCGAACAGUCCUCUGGCCGAGUUUUUCCCGGUGGACUUUGAGAGUGACCUCAAUGGGAAGAAACACGACUGGGAGGCGGUUGUGCUGAUCCCGUUCAUCGACGAGCAGCGUCUGCUAAACGCCAUGAAGCCGUGCGAGCCGCGUCUUUCGGAGGCGGAGAAGGAGCGAAACCGCCACGGACCGAUGUAUCAGUACGACUACAUCGCGAUCUCGCAGGGACCCCUCGCACCCCUUCCUCCACUUCGGGGGCUGACGCACUUGUACUGCACGGAAGUGUCCAGGUGGGCACGUGAGAUCGCUCUCAACUUGCCGCACAGUGUGUGCGUGGAGUUGCCCAACGCGGCACGCCAUGUCUUUUACCCGGGCUUUCCUACAAUGCAGCAUUUGCCAUUCGAAUUUGAAAUUCGCAACGAUCGCGUUAAGGUCUUUGAGCAGGUCAGUCGCAACCAGAAUAUGGUGCUAAAGCCGCUGAAAGGGCCUCUGGCCGACACCCUGGAUGCGGUGGCUGGAAAGUUUCUGGAACAAGUGGUGCACAUAGGAUGGCCACAUCUUACCAAGGCCAAGGUUGUACGCGUAGCGACGCGGGACCAGAAAGUGGACAACGAAGGUAUUACCGUAAACGACGCGCGACGCUUUGAAUCGGAAUGCAAGAGUCUGCAGGAGCACUUUACAACGCGAAUGGGCAUACAGUUCUCGAGCUACGAAGUGCUGGUGUACGUACGCACCUACGCCGGAAGCUCCGUGGAGUUUGGUCCCAAGGGAGAGAUCUUUAUGCGGGAUGCAUGGAGCAGCUCAGUCACAGGCUACCCCGCUCAUGGUGUGGUGGCCGAUCUCAUUGUAAAGGAGAACAUGCGCCAGCAGUUCCGAAACAUGGAGGAACUGUUUCCUGUUGGCUGUCCGAUAUUCUUCAUCGGCAACCCGUACUACGGAAGCGAGGGCACCGUUUUGGAUCCGAUGCUCGUUUACAAUUGCGGCCGUAUCCAGGUCAACAUACGAGUACGACCAGAGCCAGACCUAAUGGCGGCGCGUCUAAUGCAAGAGGAACGCGACCGGGACUUCAUGAACUCGUUCGAGAUCUGUCGCCAGCUGAACAUAAAUACCCGGGCGCUGGGUCGACUUACAGGCUCCAUGUGGGUGGUGUUGGGACCGCGGCGCGAAAAAAUGGAAAACGUAGCCAAGCACAAUAUUGGUCUGCAGCUGAAAUACCCGCGGCAGAAUGAGGAACGUGCCGGGUAUUGCUGCCGCUCGGGCAACCAGUGGUUCUACUCUAAUUUGGCUCUGGAGGUAAUGCGCGAAUACUGCGACCGUUUUCCAGAUGUGGUCGAUUUUUUCGGCUCCAGUAACGAGCGCAGCGAGUUCGUAUUUGAGCAGGACAUCUAUCCUGAUACCGUGGGUCAGGGGAACAUAGAAGUGUUGGCCAGCUGGGUGCGCCAACAGCCGCAUAUGAAGGUGGAGCGCGUUGGUUGUGGCUCCAAGACCGUCUGCCGAGAGACAGUCGAGCUCCUAUUAACCGCUGUAGACGACUUACGCUCGCUACCGAUCAAGGAUGUCAAGUUGCAAGUCAAGCCGCAUCUGCUCAUAAAACCAAACGUCACUUUGCCCGACGUUUACCGCUCUCGUCGACCGGUACGCCUAUUCGACCGAGUAAUCGUUGUCCGCACAAUCUACAUGGUGCCAGUCGGUAUAAAGGGCACUGUGAUUGGCGUGCACCCCAUUAGCGAUCCGAAUCCGGUGCGCCUUGAGUGCGUCCGCACGGUUGAUACCUUCUGUGAUGUACUGUUUGACAAGGCAGUGCCUAACUUCAAUGACAUUCACGGCAUUGCAGUUGACCGGGUCUACAAGGUGCCGGAAAGCGCCCUGGUCGUCAUCUACACAAAUGACCAGGGACAAAAACACCAGGCUAGCGAACAAACGUCCCUACAAGGUAGAGCCCAAGCGGAAAAUGUCCGCAUUGAGAAACGGGACCAGCAGUCAGCGAGCUGCAGUCGCUAUGCGACGGCCGCAGGGACGGAUUUCAAUCCAAUCACGAUGAAAACGAAGGUGGCUGAAGAAUUUCUUCGUCCUCAGGGGGAUUCAAAAGCCAAGUCCAAGUCGAACAAGUCGCAGACAGAGACGGCGAAGCAGGAAGGCACCUGGAGGCAGCUUUCCCAAGACCAGUCGGCCAAGCAGCAUAUAGAGGGUACGGAGCAGCACUCCAACUGGAGGCAGCGUGUCAAUAACCAGCAAAACAAAUCGCAGGGAAAGCAAAAGUCUUCGUCCUGGCGUCAGAACCAAAGACAGCAAGGCGGCAGCUCUGGUGGUGCCGGCAAAGGCCAUACCGAAGUGGCUGUGGUUGAACCUACCACAAACACAACGCCGCAGGCGCAGACCUUGGCACUUAUGUCGAUACUGGGCGUAAAACAGAGCUCGGAUACGUUGCUGAGCCAACCUCAUCACCCUGCUCCACUGCCCCAAGCUCCACUGCCGCAAGCACUGCCAAAAGCCCCACUGCCAGGAGACAUGCCAAAUUUGCCGAAGCCGCCGCUUUUUUGGCAGCAAGAAGCCCAAAAGCAGCAGUCGCAGGAGGUGGAACGCAUCCAAAGCCAAAAGUGGUAUCGAAGGUGUCAGCCAAUUGAUCAGGACUCAGCUCAGCUUGUCAACGGCAUUAUACAGCCCCUGCAGUCGCAGCCGCUACGGAUGCCAAUUCAAUCCCCCAGUGGUCUGCCGAUGGGCUUUAACAACGGAAACCAACUACAGUGUAACAAAUUUGUGGCACCAAGUGUCUUCAACAAUAAUAUGCGGCAGCCUCACGGUCAACAUCCCCGAAACUACCAGCAGUAUUCGCAUUGUCAGCAGCCGCUGCAGAAUUUCACGCAGCUUCACGAGAUAAGCAACGUGGCACCUCGGUACACCUCUAUUCAAGACUUUGUUCCCAUUCAGGCGUACCGUCCCAAACAAUCGUCGCGCUCCCAGUCCUCAAAGCGACCAGAGGCUGAAUCGCAGCCAAAAGUGGGCGUGGACAAAGUAGAGAUAGGCGCAGGUUCUAGUCAUCAAGAUACAUCAAGAAACGAAAAUACUGCUGCCGAUUUGAUGCAGACACUGAAUAUUCCGCAGUCCUCGACAUCUCAGUUGAACACCAGCGCCGUCCCAAGUGCCGCCACCGACGAAGGGGCUGUAUUGACGCCAAACCAGGCAAUUAAGCCAAGGAAACAGAAGGUCCCUCGCAUUGGAGCCAAGUUUGACUUGGAGUACAUAAUGCAUUAAAAUGGACCUAAAGGCGAUGCCCUAAAUUUAAGGACAACUGUUUCCAUUAAUUUAAAUUUUUGAACAAGUAACUGUAAUCUAGGCAUUGCAUUAAAUUUAGUCAGUAUCAUUCACAUAAAAAUGCUCGAGAUUGUUUAAGUUUGACAGACCUUUAUUUUUCCAAAUGUAUGCGCCCGAUAGCAACCCAGACUCACUUUCCACCACAACUACAUUUAAAAAGGCAUUAAUGCGAAUAUAUGAAAAAAAUCGUUGUGUUACAGAUUUGUGAAACAUGGAGUUACCACAUCGGACGGUUGAUUACCUGUAUCCUAUCCUGAGACUGAAUUAAUUGUUUAUUUUAUUGUAAUAAACUAAUUUUAUUCUCAAA